AUGGUUGAUGAAAAGAAGCCACUUUUGGACGCUUCGGGCGCCGAAAAUCGCGACGAUGACGCUACCGCAACGGCGAUCCUAAGGCGCAAGAAGAAGGACAACAUGUUGAUGGUGGACGACGCUGUCAACGACGACAACUCUGUGAUUGCGAUCAAUUCGAACACAAUGGACUUGUUGCAGCUAUUUCGUGGUGACACAGUCUUGGUGAAAGGCAAAAAACGUAAGGACACGGUUCUUAUCGUUCUGAUUGACGAUGAGCUUGAAAACGGCAUUUGCAGAGUGAACCGUGUGGUGAGAAGCAACUUGCGUAUCCGUUUGGGUGACCUUGUAACGAUCCACCCAUGUCCCGACAUCAAGUACGCGUCCAGAAUCUCCGUUUUGCCCAUUGCUGACACGGUUGAGGGCCUAACGGGUAGUCUAUUCGACGUGUACCUCAAGCCAUAUUUCGUGGAAGCGUACCGUCCAGUGCGUAAGGGUGACCAUUUCGUCGUCAGAGGUGGUAUGAGACAAGUGGAAUUCAAGGUUGUCGACGUGGAACCUGAAGAAUAUGCUGUCGUGGCUCAAGACACCGUGAUUCACUCUGAAGGUGAGCCUAUCAACCGUGAAGAUGAGGAAAACAACAUGAAUGAGGUUGGCUACGAUGACAUUGGUGGCUGUCGUAAACAAAUGGCUCAGAUCCGUGAAUUGGUCGAGCUGCCGCUUAGACACCCUCAAUUAUUCAAGGCUAUUGGUAUCAAACCUCCCAGAGGUAUUCUCAUGUACGGUCCUCCUGGUACCGGUAAGACUUUGAUGGCUAGAGCUGUUGCCAACGAAACCGGUGCUUUCUUCUUUUUGAUCAAUGGUCCAGAAGUCAUGUCCAAGAUGGCAGGUGAGUCCGAAUCGAACUUGAGGAAAGCCUUCGAGGAGGCCGAGAAAAACGCCCCUGCCAUUAUUUUCAUCGACGAGAUAGACUCGAUCGCCCCUAAGCGUGACAAGACCAACGGUGAGGUUGAAAGAAGAGUUGUCUCUCAAUUGUUGACUUUGAUGGACGGUAUGAAGGCCAGAUCCAAUGUUGUGGUCAUUGCUGCCACCAACAGGCCUAACUCCAUCGAUCCAGCUUUGAGAAGAUUCGGCAGAUUCGACCGUGAAGUGGAUAUCGGUAUUCCAGACGCUACUGGUAGAUUGGAAGUUCUACGUAUUCACACCAAGAACAUGAAGUUGGCCGACGACGUGGAUCUUGAAACCCUCGCUGCCGAGACGCACGGUUACGUUGGUGCCGAUAUUGCUUCGCUAUGCUCAGAAGCCGCUAUGCAACAAAUUCGUGAGAAGAUGGAUAUGAUCGAUCUAGAUGAAGACGAGAUCGCUGCCGAAGUACUAGACUCUUUGGGAGUCACGAUGGAGAAUUUCAAAUUCUCGCUUGGCAACUCCAAUCCAUCUGCAUUGCGUGAAACUGUUGUCGAAAGUGUCAACGUUACUUGGGAAGAUAUUGGUGGCUUGGACGAAAUCAAGCAGGAGCUUAAGGAAACCGUCGAGUACCCUGUGCUGCACCCAGAUCAAUACGCCAAGUUUGGUUUGGCUCCUUCUAAAGGUGUCUUGUUCUUCGGUCCACCUGGUACCGGUAAGACUUUACUAGCCAAAGCUGUUGCAACGGAGGUGUCUGCCAACUUUAUUUCUGUCAAGGGUCCUGAACUUUUGAGUAUGUGGUAUGGUGAGUCGGAGUCGAACAUUCGGGACAUUUUUGAUAAAGCCAGAGCCGCUGCCCCAACAGUGGUUUUCUUGGAUGAAUUGGACUCCAUUGCCAAAGCUAGAGGUGGUUCUGUGGGCGAUGCUGGUGGUGCUUCCGACAGGGUUGUCAACCAACUGCUGACGGAAAUGGAUGGUAUGAAUGCAAAGAAGAAUGUCUUUGUUAUCGGUGCCACCAACAGACCAGAUCAGAUCGAUCCUGCAAUUUUGAGACCGGGCAGACUCGAUCAGCUAAUAUACGUCCCUCUACCUGACGAAAUGGCCAGACUAUCGAUUCUAAAUGCUCAGCUCAGAAAGACUCCACUCGAACCAGGUCUGGAGUUGAGCACAAUCGCAAAGGCUACACAAGGCUUCUCGGGUGCUGAUUUGUCGUACAUCGUUCAAAGAGCCGCCAAGUUUGCCAUCAAGGAUUCUAUUGAAGCUCAAAGAAGCGCAGCUGCAGAACAGCAAAGCAAGGUUAAGGCCGAAGACGUCGAAAUGGGUGACGAAACAACCGCACCAGCUGCUGAAGCAGAAAUCGAAGACACAGUACCAUACAUCACUAGAGAACACUUUUCUGAGGCCAUGAAAACCGCCAAACGCUCUGUGUCUGAUGCCGAACUACGCCGUUACGAAGCCUACUCUCAACAAAUGAAAUCGUCGAGAGGCCAGUACACGAACUUCAACUUUGGAGAUGCUCCAAGCACAACCCAACCUGCAGGAACUUCCGAAAACUCUGGCGCUGCUUUCGGCGAGGGUGCUGAAGAUGAUGACGACUUGUAUAGUUGA